CAAGAAAAUAAACGUGCGUGAAAUAAACAAAAUAGUUUAAUUAAUUUCACGAUGAAUAAGAAAGAGCCAUUGGUAAUAACAACCGAGAAGACAAAUAAGAAGAUAUUCUUUGGUGAAAACGGUGAAGUUGUUGAUAAACCUAUCGAAAAUAAUGCAGAAAAGCAAAUUAAAAAGUCUAAGAAGUUUAAUGCUGGAAAUAAUACAGCAAAUGACAUAGGAAAGAAAUGGUAUCAGCUGUAUGAUGAGUACAAUACUAAGGAACCGAUGGAAAUCAAGGAAUCUGAGUUCAAAACAUUCGAAGAACAUUGCAAAAAGUGUUUUACAGAAGAAGUUGAGAAUUUACAGAAAAAAAACCCAUCGGAUGCAAAAUGGUUGCAGACAGCACUCCAAAAAGGUACAUCAAGAGAUCGAGCAAAUGCCGGUGCACUUUUAGUCCAGUCUAAUCCACUUCCAAACUUGUCAUCCCUUGAUUUGUUAAUUACGUUAACCAAGUUUUCUAAUAAGAACAGCUCAGAUAUUCUCGAACCAGUCACAAAUCUUUUCAAGUUUCUACUACCGUCGCAUAGAAAGCUAGUUCCUUUAGAACAAAGAGGAAAUGAUUGGAAAAACUUGAAAAAGAUGACGAUCGACGUGUCUACAAGAAAUGACAUUUAUGCACAUUGGUAUUUUGAGAAUGAGCUUAAAAGCCGUUACAAUACUUAUCUACUAAAUCUUCAAGGAUCGCUACAAAAUGGAAAGGAAAUUAACAAGACUAAAGCAAUUAUUUCAGCUUCAAAUCUGCUUAAAACAUGUCCAGAACGAGAAGCUUAUUUGCUGACAAUUUUAGUCAAUAAAUUUGGUGAUCCAGACAAGAAAAUUGCAUCAAAAUGCACUUAUAAUCUUCGUCAAAUUCUUUUAACACAUCCAAAUAUGGCUCAUGUUAUGAUUUUAGAAACUGAAAAGCUGAUUUUUCGUAAAAACAUUAACGAUUUAGCUCAGCAUUAUGGAAUUGGAUUUUUGUCAUUAAUUGCACCGAUUGCUAAUGCUCAAUCGUGUCAGAAACUAAUCAAUAUCUGCUUUUGCUUCUUUAAAAUCAAAAUCGAAAAGGGCGACAUUAAUUCAAAGACAAUGCAAGCAAUCUUGAACUGCUUACGUAUUGCGAUCCAAAACAUUAAUGAUUUUAAUGAGGAAAAGAAUAAGAUCGAAAUAACGACACCAGAUGUAGUUAAUACAAUUUAUCGUUUAAUCUAUUUGUCAAAUAUAUCAAUUUCGUUCCAAGCACUUAGUUUAUUGCUUCAAUUAGUUCUGGUUCAGAAUGAAAGUCAUGAUAGAUUCUAUAAUGCAUUGUAUAGGAAAAUGAUUGAUCCUGAAAUCUUUAAUGCAAGCAACAAAAUCACAUCAUUGUACUUCCACAUAAUUCAUCGUUCAAUUCAUCAAGAUUCGAAUGUUUCACGAUGCAAGGCAUUCAUUAAGCGUUUAUUGCAAAUGACAUUAUCAUUAAAUCCAGCUAAAGCAUGCGGUGCAUUAAUUGUCAUCAGUAAGUUGUUAAAAUCAAGACCAGAAUUGAAAAGUUUUUAUCUUAAAGCUGUGACUGUUAAGGAAGAGACAGCAAUUGAGAAAAUAGCAACAAAGAAAUUAGAGGAAAUGGACAGUGACGAAGACGAGCAAUAUAAGGAUGUAGAGAUUGAUGGUAAAGUUAUUGUGCCAGAAAUAGAAAAAGUUCAGUCUUCAUGGAUUCACGUAAAAAAUUCAACAAAACAAAAGGAACAAACAUCCAGUCAAAUUAAAAAUCCAACAAAAUAUGAUCCUUUUAAGAGAUCUGCUGCUUUUAGUGGCGCUGAAUUUACACUUUACUAUGAAUUAAUCCUUAUGUCAAAGUUUUUCCAUCCAACAGUUCAACUUUUCGUGGAAAAUCUUAUGAAAAGUCAGAAAAUUAAUUAUUUUGGAGAUCCACUUAAAGAUUUCAGUCUGUCUCAUUUCCUUGAAAGAUUUGCAUUUAAGAAUCCAAAGAAAGUUGAUCCAAAAGAGUCAGCAUUUCAUCAUGCUUAUAAGCCGAAAGGUUCUCGUGGACUUUCAGUACAUUCACUUACAGAUCAAGCAUGUACAGAAGAUGAAAGAUUCAUUUUUGAUUUUAUUCAACGUAAACGAGAAAUUAAAGCAAAACAUGUGAAAUUAAGUGCUGAAAACGAGGAAGCAAGUGAUGUAGAAUCAAUCGACGACGAUGAAUUCGAUAGCUAUCUUGAUACAUUAGGUGCUAAAGCUGAUUAUGAUAAGAGUGAAGAGGAUUUCGACUAUUUAUCUGAGAUCCAGAAUGAAAGUGGUAAAAAAGAAGUUAAAGGUAGGAAAAAGUCUAAAGAAACAGAUUCUGUGGACGAUGACGACGAUAAUUGGGACGAUGAUUUUGACGAGGAUGGUAGUGAAAUGGAUAGUGCUAACGACACAGAUUUAGAAGACGAAAGUGGAACUGACCAAUCAAUCGAUGGCAGUGAAAUGAACGACGAUCUUUCAGACGGCUCUGAUUCUAAUGAUGAAUUAGACGAAAUGCCAGCAAAAUCAAGUAAAAAAAUCACUAAGAAUAAGUCAAAGAAGGAAGAGAAAGGCAUGAAUAAUUUGUUUGUGGCUGUUGAUGACUUUUCGGAAAUGAUUGAGAAGAAUUCAUCAAAACAUGGAACUUUGGGUGAAAUAUUCAAUAAAGACAAGUCGUCACAGGCACAGCUUAAUUGGGAAGAAAAGCGUCACAACACUGCUGGUGGUUUCAAGAGGAAAAAUUCAUUUGGAAAAGCUAAAUUUCCAUUUAAAAAGAAGAAAACGAAGCAUUAAAAUUAUAUUGAAAUAUAACGGUUAAAUAAAAUUUGAAAUAAAAAUAUAUUAAGCAUGGAAG